UCUUUAUUUUUUUAAAAAAUCAUGUUGACGGCCCUCCGGCGAGCCACCGCGGCGGCGGCGGCCUCACUCGCUUCCCAUGGCCUUAAAGCAACGAAGGGUCGUACGCUUCCCCUGAGGAACAUCUUAUCUCUAUCAAGAACUCUCUCUUCGUUCUCAGAGCAACAGCAGCAGUUUGACCUCCUCAAAGUUCUAGACUCCGAGAUCAAGUUCGCGUCCGAAGACUACAAGAAGCCGGAGAAAUUCCCGAAAGGGUUUCCGUUUGAGAUUGAAGACGAGAAGGGGACAAAUGCGAUUGUUCUCAGGAGGAGCUAUGGGAGGGAGGAGAUUGAAGUUGUAGUUUCAAUGCCCCAUCUUGUAACUGAGGAGGACCCCGAGGAUGAUGAUGAUGAUGAUGAGCAUGAUGAUGAGGGUGAAAAUGAUGAUGAUGGAAAGGUGCAGUUUAGCAUUCCAUUGACAGUAAAUAUUAGCAAGGGAGGGAUGAGCUUGGAGGUGGGAUGCACUGCUUACCCUGAUGAGAUUGAGAUCGACGCGGUGUUGGUUCGACGUGAUAUGGAAACUGAGGACGAAAUGGUUUCCUGUGAAGGCCCGAGGUUUAGCCAUCUGGAUACAAAACUUCAGAAAGCUAUCCACAGGUACUUGGAGAGGAGAGGAAUUUCACCAUUAACAAUGAACUUCUUGUACGAAUACAUGGUUUACAAAGAUAACCGUGAGUAUCUGUUUUGGCUCAAGAACCUGAGGCGGUUUAUCAAGGAGCAAUGAGAUUUGAGAACCUUUGCCAGCAUCUUGUGGAUCCUCUUUCUUUUUGUUUUCUUUCUCAAAAAUUUUGACGUCAAACUUAUUUUUUGAUGCUCUAACUGUACAAUUGUGGUCAGUUGGUUUUUAUGUGUUUUAUUGCUAUGUAUCUUUGAAAUGCAAAUACCUCUGAUCAAAUUAUUACUUCGAGCCCA